UUACGAUUAAUUCAAAAUGGCGGUGAGUGGCUUGUUUAUAAUGUUUAUAUUUUUUUUUUUUUUGUAAAAAAAUAUAUCUGAAUAUAUCAUAUAUAGUCAUCUUAAAAAAUUAAAAUAUAAAUAAAUAAAAAAAAAGAGUUGUAUUUUUAAUCAUUAUAUUUGUAUUCCAAGCACGAGUAAUUUAAUUUAAUAAAAAAAAGAUCUCCAUGCUUUGUGUGCAUAAAAAAAAAAAAAAGUGAAAAAAAGCAAGCAACACACCGUUGACUUGACAUAUUAGAAAAAACAAUUCCACGUUUACAAAAUUAAAAAAUUAAACAAUAUAUAUAUCAUUUAUUAUAAAAAAAAAAACAUAGGUACCUAUAAAUAAUGGCUGAAAAACUAAAUCUCAAUGAUGAGGAUGAUGUUGUCACCCCUUGGUCAGUUGAAAGCAAAAAUCAAACUGGCAUUGAUUACGACAAAAUAAUACUUAAAUUUGGAAGCUCAAAAAUUGAUGAUGUUUUACUUGAAAGAUUUGAAAAAUUAACUGGUAAAAAACCACAUCGUUGGUUACGUCGUGGAAUAUUUUUUUCUCAUCGUGAUAUGCAUAGAGCAUUGAAUCUUUAUGAACAAGGAAAACCAUUUUAUUUAUAUACUGGUAGAGGACCAAGUUCUGAUGUGAUGCAUAUUGGUCAUUUGAUACCAUUUACAUUUUGUAAAUGGUUACAGGAUGUUUUUGAUGUACCACUUGUUAUCCAACUGACUGAUGACGAAAAAACAAUAUGGAAAAAUUUAAAAAUAGAAGAUGCUAUUAAAUUAUCAUAUGAAAAUUCAAAAGACAUUAUUGCAUGUGGUUUUGAUAUUAAUAAAACAUUUGUAUUUUCAAAUUUAGAACAUAUUGGUUGUAAUCCAGCUUUUUAUCAAAAUAUGAUUAGAAUACAAAAAUCAAUAACAUUUAAUCAAAUAAAAGGUAUAUUUGGUUUUGGUGAUAGUGAUCCAGUUGGUAAAAUAGCCUUUCCACCAACUCAAGCAGCACCAGCAUUGUCAAGUACAUUUCCAUUUAUAUUUAAAAAUGAAAAAGUACAAUGUUUAAUACCAUGUGCUAUUGAUCAAGAUCCAUAUUUUCGUAUGACUCGUGAUGUUGCACCGAAAAUUGGCUUUCCAAAACCAGCAUUGUUACAUUCAACAUUUUUCCCAGCAUUACAAGGUUCUAAAACAAAAAUGUCUGCAAGCGAUAAUAAUUCAGCAAUAUUUUUAACUGAUACAUCUAAUCAAAUUAAAAAUAAAAUAAAUAGACAUGCAUUUUCUGGUGGACAAGCUGACAUGGCAGAACAUAGAAGACUUGGUGGUAAUUGUGAUAUUGAUACAUCAUUUCAAUGGCUUAGAUUUUUCCUUGAAGAUGAUGAACAAUUGGAACAAAUUAGAAAGGAUUAUACUAGUGGUGAAAUGCUUACUGGUGAUUUGAAAAAAAUAAUUAUUAAUUUGUUACAAGUCAUUGUUGCUGAACAUCAAGAAAAAAGAAAAUUAGUUACUGAUGAUAUUAUUAAAGCAUUUAUGGAACCACGAGAUCUUGGUUUUAUUCCAUUUAAAAAAUAACAAGCUAUUAAUUAAUUCAUCAAUUAAUUAUUAACAAAAAAGAAAACACAUGAAAAUGCCUAGGAAUUUUUUGUAAACAUUCAUUUGUAUUUUUUUUUUUUUUUUCUCUUUUAUAUUCAUUCACACCAUUAAUUUAUUUAUUUCUAUUUUUAUUAAUUAGAAAUUUAUAAUUAUUAGGUAUUUAUUAUUCACAUCUAAUUAAUUUGUUUUUACUGCAAAUUUAUUUUUUUUGUUUUUUGCAGAAAAAAGUAUACAUGAUAAUUUUUCAUUUGAUACAAAUAAAAAUAAUUGAAUUUAAUAGAAAAAAAAAAUAUAUCUGGAUUUUAAAAUAAUUUAUUUAUAAUUAUUGUUUAAUAUUAUUUAUGUUUUUUACAUUAUUAUAAACCAAUGAAAAAAUUAAUUUUUAGAUCUAGAAGAAAUUGAGCUUGCUGAUUGGUCCUUGAUGACGACAAUUUUCUCUCUCAAUUUAUUUUUUUUUUUGUUGCAAAUCGCAAUUUAAUAAUAGUCUCGUUCGUAUCCGCCAUUUGUAUCAAAAUAUUUUAUAUUAUUAUAGGUAUAUAAAUACCUGGGUUUAUUAUAAUUUAGAUUACAUAAAAAAAUAAUAAUAAAAAUUAAAAAAGAGUUGAGAGUGUAUGUGUGUUGUGUGUUUGUGUUUAGUGAGAUUAAAAAAAAAAAUAAGUAAAUAAAAAACGUGACUCGAUAAAAGAGACAAAAGAUAAACAAAUAUUAAAAAAAUAACAAAGACAGAGAUAGUUAAUUUUAGUGGUGACGUUGUUAUUGAUAUAAAGAUUAAUUGUACAUUUAAUUUUGAUAUUUAAAAAAAAAAUAAAAAUGAUACAAUUUGAUUAAUAGUUAUCAAAGAGUUAGUCAAAUUUCGAGAGACAAAUAUUUUCUCUCAAGCUCAAUAAU